GUGGUGGGGAGAUCGAAGGGAGGAGUCAUGGGGCGAGAAACGGAAAGACUACAUCUCCCAGGCCACCACGCUUUCCAGCUGGAGUCCUAGGGCGCCGACUGCUCCCCAGUUUCCGUAGGGAAGCGCCAGGCUACCACAGCUAUUGUGCGUAGCGAUAUCGCCGUCCUCUUCCCUCUCGGGUGUCUAGGAAGCAGGCUACGUUUCAUUGCUGCCCGGGCUUAACCCCUCUGGCUCCUAACAGGACAGCAGGCCGGCUCCCUUGAACCAGGAAGAACUCUUGGGAGCAAGAACACUUUGGUAACGCAAUCCCAGGGUGCGAGGAAGACAGUUGAAGAAGGAGCCCGAGUACUAGGACUCGGCACAAAGAACCAUGGGGCAUCCCCCGCUGGAGUUCAGCGACUGCUACCUGGACAGCCCUGAUUUCCGUGAGAGGCUCAAGUGUUAUGAGCAAGAGCUGGAGAGAACCAAUAAAUUCAUUAAGGACGUGAUCAAAGAUGGCAACGCACUUAUCAGCGCAAUGAGAAAUUAUUCUUCAGCUGUUCAGAAAUUUUCUCAGACACUUCAGUCCUUUCAGUUUGAUUUCAUUGGAGACACUCUGACUGAUGAUGAGAUUAACAUUGCUGAAUCCUUCAAGGAAUUUGCCGAAUUGCUCAACGAAGUAGAAAAUGAGAGGAUGAUGAUGGUACACAAUGCUAGUGAUUUGCUGAUUAAACCCCUGGAAAAUUUUCGGAAGGAGCAAAUAGGCUUCACCAAGGAGCGGAAAAAAAAAUUUGAGAAGGAUGGUGAGAGGUUUUAUUCCUUGCUGGAUCGGCACUUACAUCUAUCUUCCAAAAAGAAAGAAUCUCAGUUACAAGAGGCAGACCUCCAGGUGGACAAGGAAAGGCACAAUUUCUUUGAGUCCUCUCUUGAUUAUGUUUAUCAAAUUCAGGAAGUUCAGGAGUCCAAGAAGUUCAACAUUGUGGAGCCAGUGUUGGCCUUUCUUCAUAGCCUCUUCAUUUCCAACAGUUUGACUGUGGAGCUCACACAGGAUUUCCUCCCAUACAAACAGCAGCUCCAGCUCAGUCUGCAGAAUACAAGAAAUCAUUUCUCCAGUACCCGGGAAGAGAUGGAAGAACUUAAGAAAAGGAUGAAAGAAGCUCCCCAGACAUGCAAACUUCCAGGACAGCCUACGAUCGAAGGCUAUCUCUAUACACAGGAGAAAUGGGCUUUGGGGAUAUCCUGGGUGAAAUAUUACUGCCAGUAUGAGAAAGAGACCAAAACGCUUACCAUGACGCCUAUGGAGCAGAAGCCAGGUGCUAAACAGGGGCCUUUGGACUUAACCUUGAAGUACUGCGUGAGGAGGAAGACAGAGUCUAUCGACAAAAGGUUCUGUUUUGAUAUAGAAACUAAUGAAAGGCCAGGAACCAUCACUUUGCAGGCCCUUUCAGAAGCUAACAGAAGGCUAUGGAUGGAGGCCAUGGAUGGAAAAGAACCUAUCUACCAUAGCCCCGUAACAAAACAGGAAGAAAUGGAGCUGAAUGAAGUAGGUUUCAAGUUUGUUAGGAAAUGCAUCAAUGUCAUUGAGACCAAAGGGAUCAAGACAGAGGGAUUGUACCGUACUGUGGGCAGCAACAUUCAGGUUCAGAAGCUACUGAAUGCCUUUUUUGAUCCUAAAUGCCCAGGAGAUGUUGAUUUUCAUAUUAGUGACUGGGAUAUUAAGACAAUAACCAGCUCUUUGAAAUUCUACCUCAGGAAUCUUUCUGAACCUGUCAUGACCUAUAGACUUCACAAAGAUCUGGUCUCUGCUGCCAAGUCUGACAACCUGGAUUACCGCCUGGGAGCCAUUCACUCCCUGGUAUAUAAGCUACCUGAAAAGAACCGAGAGAUGCUGGAACUUCUUAUAAGACAUUUGGUCAAUGUAUGUGAGCACAGCAAAGAGAAUCUUAUGACCCCCUCCAACAUGGGUGUGAUCUUUGGACCUACUCUGAUGAGAGCUCAGGAGGACACUGUUGCUGCCAUGAUGAACAUCAAAUUCCAGAACAUCGUGGUGGAAAUCCUAAUUGAACACUUUGUCAAGAUCUAUUCGGGUCCACCUGAGGAAAGUGCUACACCCCCAGUCCCUCCGCCUCGAGUAACAGCAAGAAGGCACAAACCAAUCACAAUUUCAAAGCGCUUGCUGCGGGAAAGAACAGUUUUUUAUACUUCUGUGGAUGAAAGUGAAGAUGAUAUCCAACAUCAAACACCAAAUGGUAUUAUCACAAGCAGUAUAGAACCCUCCAAGCUUCCACAGCACCCCAAACUGCCUUUUCAGAGGAGUGGGGAAACUGACACUGGGAGAAAGUCUCCAAGCAUCAGGCCUGUUUCAGAUGGCAAGUUGGAGUCCUGUCCUGAAGUGGAUGUGGGGAAGUUGGUGUCUAGGCUGCAAGACAGAGGGACCAAGGCCAUACCAAAGGCCACCAACGGACCUGUGACAGGCUCUGGGCCCACUAAAACCCCCUCCUUCCACAUAAAGAGACCAGCUCCUCGGCCCCUGACUCACCACAAGGAGGGAGACUCUGACAGUUUCAGCAAAGCGCGACCUCCAGGAGAAAAGCCGACCAUCAUCCGUCCCCCAGUGAGACCUCCAGACCCUCCAUGCCGGGCAUCUACUCCUCAAAAGCAAGAACCAAAGCCAGAUAUUGUGGUUAGCAAUGCAGGGGAAAUCCCAUCAUCUGUGGUGGCUUCCAGAACCAGGUUCUUUGAAACAGCUUCCCGAAAAACAGGAAGUUCUCAAGGCAGACUUCCUGGAGAUGAGAGUUGAGGCCUCUGGUUUUAAAAUCCUUGGCCUCAGGCGACCCUUCACAGGUUCUGGAAGGGUCUUCAAACUUUUCUGUGCUGAGACAUUUUGUGCUGAAGAGAGCAGCUCCUUCCUGGCCCUGCACCUUCAGGCUCUAGGAUGCUAUAAAAUAAGGGGCACAUGUCUUAGACACAGGUUUAUUUCUCUUAUGUAUUCUGUCUUCAUUUCCUCAGAAGGUCUAUCUUGAGCUCCUAUAUGAUUGUGAAUGUCUGAACUUCCUCAAGCCAGACUGCAGAAACCAAGCUAUCUACUGACCUGAGUUGAAGAAAGGAGCUUAGUUUUCAACUGUAUUCUGAAUUUCCUGUCUCCUCAAAAGACCAUCAACUCUGAAAGAUUUGAGACUAAAGACUGAUCUCAGAGAUCUUACUUACCCUGAAGUAAAAACUACUUGAAUUGGGACCAUUGCUUGCCUUGGAAGUAGAAGAGUAGGAAUGUUUGCCAAACAUUGGAGAAUCUUAACAUGUCUCUUACUGAGGAUAAUGACUCUGGUACCAGGUUGGAGCUCUGGCACUGCAGUAUUGCCAAGAACCUGUCUGCUCCUAUUGGGCCAGACAUCAUGGGUGAUGCCAAUCACAACUUCUUCAUGUGAACUCAGGAAAGCGGCCUUUUUAUUUUUGCAUACAACCAUGUAUGACAAAUCUGCAAAGAAUAUUUUGCAUGUUGAAGCCUAGGUCUGUUUGAAUUAUUUUUCCUUCUAUUUUGUUUCCUGACAGCUUCAUUUCUAAGCAAUCAAGAUAGAAACAAAAGCUGAAAACAGUUCUUUUAAAAAGGCAGACUGCAUUUGUCCUGUAGAAGUUCCAUUUUUGGGUCAAAUACUGGGAAAAUUGUUAAGAUGGAUUGAGGCCAGACACCUGGCACUGUUGCUUUAUGUUUGCCUUCUGGAGAUAAACUCUUUUAAAUUCUUUGAGAAGCAACUCUUAACCCAGUGUCUGUGGAUUCAGAAACUCCAUGAAGCUUCUGAAAUGGUAUGCAGAAUUCCAUGACACUGUGCCUUUUCUGGGGAGGUGGUCCAUAACAUUCAACUGAAUUUCAAAUGGGCCUGUGACCCAAUAAAGGUUAAGAACCACAGCACUUAAGAUAAAAGACUCUUUAGAACCCAUAAAGUAUUUGAUUGGAAGGGCCUUCCAAACUUACUUAGCCUAACUUCCUAGUUUAUUAUUGGAUAAACUGAGGCAGAGCAAGGUAUCAGCCAUGUCUCAAAAAGUUCCUAGGUCCCUAGGCUCUUAUACAAGUUUCUUUCCAUUAUAUAACACUUAUCUAACAAGGGGCCUUAUGAUUGAUGGCUUUAGUGGUCAUCAUUUUGAAUGUUUGGCUUUUACCCUUAUUUUUGAGCUCCACAUAUUUGUCAUCAAGUGGAAAAUUUUCAGAUAUAAGCUGGUGUUCCAUUUGCAAUCUCAGUCUAAAGCACAACUGGUAUAGUUAUUCAGAAAUCUAAGUAGGUAUUUCUGAUUCUUAUUUGUUGGUGGGAAGCUGCUGGAGAAAGUGUCACUGCUUGUGUUUCCAUGCAGGUGCUUGGGCCAUAACCUGUCUUUAGGGUCUGUGUCAUUAUAGUGUAGCCCCAUAUAAGAAAAAGAACUUUCCUACUUGGAUCCUUCUAGCAAGACCUUGACUAUGGACCUGACAGAGCAGCAUAGACAUGCGAAAAGAAAGGAGAGGGAGAUGGAGGAAGGGGAAGGGAGAGAGAAUGCAGAUAUGCCCAAACCAACUCUGAGAUGCCUUUGAAACAGUAUUACUGAAGGGUGAUAGCCACUCUCAAGACUGAACUCAACAUGAUUCAUUGGUGAAUUAGUAUCAUGUAGGCUAACACACUGAGAGCCUUUAUGGAAGUAAUUGAGUGGAAACUUGAUGCUAUUUCCAAUAAAGACAUGCCCAGGUGGCAACAUAGAACUCUCUCAGUUCUACCCAGUAUCAAAGGCCAAGUUAAUCAGAACCAGGAACAAGAGAGCCAAGUGACCACCAUUCUACUCGACCACCACCCCUAAAAGGAAAUUGCUGUGAGACUGCCAGCCUCACCCAGAAAGUGUUUCUUGAGCACUGUUCUUAGGGCUGUGGCCUCUCUGCUUGCUCUGCCCCAUUAGAUAACUAACUAAAGCAAGUGGAUGUGUAGAUUUUGGCCACAGAAGCAGUGGCCAAUGGGACUUCAGUACAUUUGAAGAUGGUAGAAACAUCAUUUCACUCCUGUUUUCUUGGUGGUGGGGGGGAGGGUACCACAAUCACCACUACAAAUAUUGAAAGAUUAUUGAGAACUAGAGAAAGCCACUGCAGUCCAGUUAAAUAGGUGUCCCAGAAAUGUGACCAUGAGAUUGCUAUGUGUUUUCCAGGCCAUAUAUCAAAAGCCUGGCCUAGAAAGUUGGGACCACCUAACUGGCUGAGACUAGGAAGCAGUAGCUGGAUAGCUCUGCCCCUGCCCUGGGGUAUACCCAAAGAAUGCCCCAAGAUGAAAUUUAGUGCCCUCCCUCCACUACUUUGCACUCUAAUUUAAAGAGCAGAAGCUUCUAUGGUGAGGCACAUUGUCAUGGAAUGAGACUGACUUGUCCCAGGCUUGAUGGAUGGAAUAGUCAUUUAGAAGAGGCUAUGAGAAUGAGGUGAACUAUAGGUGAACUAUUGAAGAGUGCAACUAUAGGAAAUUACCUUGACCAGCAGGUUAGAGAAACUGGCAAUGGAUGAAUUGUAAACCUUGAACUGACAGUGGUAACACUUACUAAGCACGUAUUAAGUUCUAAGUGCUUCAUAUACAUAAUCUUUGUCAUUACAUCAAUCAUGCAGGUAGAUGCUAUUCCUUCAUUUUACAGAUAAAAGAACUAUGGCCCAGGAGGCUAAAGUAACUGGCUCAAGGUCAUACAUAAAGUAAAUAACAGGACUGUGAUUAGAAUCUAGGCCUCUCUGACUCUAUCCCAUGCUGUUUUCCCUUAGUAACACAGAGGGUACAUUACUGGAACUGGAUGACUCUGACUUUUUCUAAUAAAAUAUUAAAAAGCAAACAUUUGAAGGGAAAUAGAGGUUGCAGGUCUAGUUUAGAGAGGAACAAAAACUGGACUGGAAGAAAUUUCUGAGUUAAGCUUUCUCCUCACCUAUAUACCCAUUUGGUAAUGUUUUAAAAAGAAUCCUUCAGUUUUACCUUGUGAAAUGAAGAGUUUAUUUUUUUAGCAGUUACUAGGUCUUUGGCUUAGCUAUUUUUCAAAGAAAAAAAGAUCCUCAUAUGUGUCUAUGUACAUUACCAAGGUUGUAGUAUGUGUAUUUUCAGUCCAAGAAACUGAAGGCGUCCACACAUACCGUUUGAGAAGGGAAAAAAGGUAUUGGUACCUCUUUGGUACUUAAUGCUUGGGGUCAAAUCCUUACAAGGUUUUCUGUGGUGAUAACAAAAGUUAGAGAUGAUUUAGAAUAAGAAAUAUUAUUGAAGUUUUUGCUUUAAAAAAGGUGGAGAGGUUGUCUAGCCACAGGGUGGGAGUAUAAAACUCAGCAUCCAACUUCAGUAACAAAACAGCACCACAUAGAAAUACUUUAGUAUUUCUAAAAUAACUGGUUUUCAAAGGGAAGUAUCCAUCCCUUUUCUAGAUGUUCCUUGAUUAUGUAAUAAUUAGAAUAAAGUAGUAGAGGAAAGUGUAUCUCUGUUACCAGAAAAAAAAUGUUUUCAAAAGAAUGUUUCAAAAAAAAUGUUUUCAAAAGAAUGAUACUAGUUUUAAUGUAGCUGCAAGCAAAUGGCCUUGACACACUGCAAGCCCAAAACCCUUCAGGAACAUUUAAAAGAUACAAACAAGAUAGAAGCAAACAAGAUACCUUGAAGGGGUGUUUUUGAUGAAGAAAAGCCUUCAUUUUCAUAGGGAAAUAAAGCACUUGAUACCAAGGACAUUAACAGAAGCUAGAAAGACUGCCUAUGUGAAAUACAUAUGUGACAUCAGACAAAGAUAUCCUGGGGCCCAUUCGUGUGACUUUCAAUAAAAUAUGCAGACUGUCCAGUA